AUGCCCCGCAAACCGCAGACCUACAACGACAAAUAUGUCGUCGCCUACGAUUUCAGCGAAGUUGACUCCGACACUGCCGUCAAGGAACUCACUACUCUUCUGAACGACCUUGAGUCUGCUGGACUUCAGACAGAGGUGCGAGCUGGCUACGAGCAGACCCUUCUCAUCUUCGUCAAGGCUCCCCGCGAGCUCCUCGGAAACACCGUCUACAAGUCAAGAGUAAAAGACUGGCUGUACGGGAUCAUCCCCGAACACCCUGGUGGCUCCAAGAACACUGUGGUUGAUGGUGCUUUUGAGGCAGAGGACAUCCUCUCGGUGUAUCACCUCGUCAACUGGCCCAAGUCUCUCGGCGGUGCUGGAAUCACCCCUGAGACAGGACAGUGGAAGAAUGUCAAAUCCAUCUUCCCACUCCACAAUGAGGAGACAAACGAGUCUUUGUUGAAGCACCUCAGCAAGCGUCUCUUCCUCACUCUUGAUGAUCUCGAUUCAAUCCGUGACCUAUGGGGAACCAAGGUCGCCUUCUAUUUCGCCUUCAUUCAAACCUAUCUUGUCUUCCUUUCCUUCCCAGCCAUAACUGGCGUCUUAGCAUGGAUGUAUCUUUCCAAGUAUUCUCUCACCUAUGCGAUCUCGACGUGUGUCUGGUGCACCGUCUUUCUUGAGUAUUGGAAAAUUCAGGAGGUCGACCUUGGUAUCCGCUGGAAUGUCCAGGGUAUCGGCAAGGUCAAGGUCAACCGACCUCAGUUCAAGUGGGAGAAGGUCAUCACUGACGAGGCCGGCCGCGUAAAACACUACUUUCCCAAGUGGAAGCAGGUAUCCCGGCAGCUCCUCCAGAUUCCGUUCAUGUUGAUCUCUGCCCUCGCGCUGGGCACCAUCAUUGUCCUCGUCUUCGCAAUCGAGGUUCUCAUCUCGGAAGGUUACGACGGACCAUACAAGUACCUCAUGGAAUAUGUGCCGACCUGCUUGCUCGCCGUAGCACUUCCAUACAUCAGCAGCGGUCUCGAAGAUGUCGCAACCGCCUUGACCAAGUACGAGAACCACCGAACCGCCGACUACCACGAGAUGUCCUUGACGCAAAAGAUCUUUGUCCUCAACAUCAUCACCAACUACCUGCCCAUUCUCGUCACGGCCUUCAUCUAUGUCCCAUUCGGAGACGACGUCGUCCCGUGGCUCGAGGGCAUGACCAAGUCGUUCCUCGGCGCCAUUGGCCAGAAGUACAUGGACGACGACCUUAGUUUCCACGUCGACUCCGACAGACUGCGUGACGAGGUCAUCGCACUGGUCGUCACCGGUCAGAUCUCCGGCUUCUUCGACGAGAACAUCAUGCCGGUACUCAAGCACAAAGCUCAAGGCCUCUACCGCGACUACAAGAGGUCGCACUCCAAAGACACCAUGCUCAUGGGAAUCGUCAAGGACGACCCCGAAGAGGCCCGCUUCCUCCGCAGCGCCCGCAACCAGGCCACGCUGGACAAGUACAACGUCCAAGACGACAUCGCCGAGAUCGUCCUCCAAUUCGGCUACCUCUCCCUCUUUUCACCCGUCUGGCCUCUCAUCCCGAUCGGCUUCUUGAUCAACAACAUCAUCGAGCUCCGCACCGACUUCCUCAAGAUCUGCCACGAACACCAGCGUCCCCCGCCCGUUCGCACAGACGGCAUCGGCCCGUGGAUCACCUCCCUGGACAUCCUCACCUGGGCCGGCAGCAUCUCCACGGGCGCAAUCGUGCACCUCUUCGGCGCCAACACCAUCGGCCAGGGCGCGUGGUGGGCGCUCCCCAUCACCAUCUUCAUCAGCGAGCACAUCUUCCUCGGCCUGCGCGCCGUGGUGUGCUUCGUGCUGCAGCGCAUUGGCUCCGAGCAGAUCAGAAAGCAGCGACAGCAGCGUUACGCCGAUCGCGUCAAGCACCUGGAGGAGUUGGAGAGCAACAAGCAGGCUGGUCUGAUGCUGUCGGUUGCCGAGCGCGAGCGUCGCAAGUCUAUCCGCGCCAUGGGCCACGACUCGUUCUGGACUACGCAGAUUGACGAGGGUGCCAGUGCAGCUGCCGGCAUUGGCCUCAUUCAGUCUGUGAAGAGGGCCGAGGUCACCAACAAGCAGCCGAAGGAGGAUUAA